UCCUUUUCUCCACCUUCUUUCCGUUCCUAGCGAGGCUUCUGCUUUCGCUCCGGCAUUGACUCGUGCGCGAAGUUUGGGUGCGAGCCUCCUGGCCGUAAUAGGAGGGGUCCAGCUGGGGCAAGUUAAGAGUUGCUGCAGCCCCUCGAGCCCCUGAGGCGCAGGCGACGGUAAGCUGAGGCAUUGCGACCAGCCGAGGAAGCUACGGACGCGGGUGAGUCUGGCGUCCGGCGGGCUGAAGGGGGACCUGAGCCGCUGGACAGAAGGAUGUUGUUCUUUAUAGACUCAUUCAUUCAUUCAUUGAGCAAACGUUUAUCAAGUGCCUGUUAAGUGCGAAGCACUGUUCUAAGCCCAGGAGGAGCGUUCUUUUCGCCACUUGGAUUCCUAAAAUGCUUCCCGCGCCGCCAGGAACUGCGAGUUGGCAAUAAGGAAGCAGGAAGUCAAAAGCAGAUGAGUGCUCAUUCUUGCCCUCAGCGCCUUGAGACCCUCGCAGCAUAUUUUGCCUAUCAUUUUCAUUGUGGAAAGGUGAAAAGUUCCAGAUUUACUUCUGACAGUUCUGUGUAAGAUUAUACAUCAAAAGGAACAUAUAUUGAAGCUAUUCACAAUACUCAUAUCCAGGAUUUGUCAGCUACAAAGAACAAUACCUUCCAACUGCCACAGCAGUACAGGAAUCAUGACAUCCUACCCCACCAGGCAAAAGACCAGACUGACUUAUUCAUGGGUUGGCAGGCCAUUGCUGGAUCGAAAACUGCACUACCAAACCUACGAAGAAAUGUGUGUGAAAAUAGAAGGUUGUUCAACUGAGAUUCACAUCCAAGUUGGACAGUUCGUGUUGAUUGAAGGGGAUGAUGAUAAAAAUCCAUAUGUGGCUAAAUUGGUUGAAUUAUUUGAAGAUGAGUCUCAACUGAAUUCCAAGAAACGUGCUCGAGUACAGUGGUUUGUCCGAUUCUGUGAAGUCCCUGUGGGUAAACAGCAUCUGUUGGGCCGGAAACCUGCUGCGCAGGAGAUAUUCUGGUAUGAUUACCCUGCCUGUGACAACAACAUUAAUGCUGAGGCCAUCAUUGGCCCUGUGCAGGUAGUAGCUUUAGGCCCAGAUGAGGUGAUACCUGGGAAUCUGAAAAAGGAGAAGACAUUCUUUGUGAAACUAUCCUGGAAUGAAAAGAAGUUCAGACCACUGUCCCCAGAACUAUUUGCGGAGUUGGCUAAGCUACGAGAAGGCAGCCCCAGGUGCCAGAAGCCCAUGGGAGACGGGAUUAAGGGCACAGAAAGCCCUUCUCAGACCACAGCAGAGCAUGUAGUCAAAAGGAUUGAAUCAAGGCACUCCAUCUCCAAAUCUCGUCAAACUUCUACUCGUCCUGUUACCCCAAGAGCAAGGAAGAGGCUGGAGCUCAGCAGUUUCCCCAGGACACCAAACACUAGGAUUUCCCAGCAGACUUCCUGCUCCUCUGUGGAUUCUCCAGAAAGAACUAAACGAAAAAUGGCCUUCCCUGAGAUCUCCUCCCCUUCUAAAAGGUCUCAACGUGAUGGGCUUCAGACCCCGUCUCUGAAAACCCAAGAGAAAACUGAAGAGAUUCAACUCUCUUGUACCAAAGAUGACAAGAAGGCUUCACGUGAAAGUCACAUGAACCUGAGAACCCGAGUCCCAUCUUUGAACACCACAGAUAUCAAUGAAAACAGAAAACUUACCCCCAUCAGGAGGGGACAGAAAUCCUCAGUGGUGCCUUCUGUGGUCCUGAUACCAGAAAACAUCAAAAAGAGGAAGUCAGAAGCACCAGGAGCUCAGAAUGAAGCUACAACUACUCCCCAUCGUAUCCGCAGGAAGAGUUCUCUCUUGACUUUGAAUCGGAUUGAACAGCAGCUUCGGUUUUUAGGUAAUAUUAAAAGUGACAAAGAAGAUAAAGAGUUUCUGCCAGAAGCAGACAUUUCAGACUCAAGCAGUGAGGAAGAAGAGGAUUCCACACCACCCAUUCCAAGGAGAACACCCAGCAGUGUGUCCAGGAACCUACAGACCCCUUCCAAGACAACAAAGAAAACUCCCAAGCCUCGAACCCCACGCCAUGCCACUCCCCAGAUCCGCAGCCGAAACUUGGCUGCCCAGGAGCCUGCCAGUGUGCUGGAGGAGGCCCGGCUAAGGCUGCAUGUUUCUGCUGUACCUGAGUCUCUUCCCUGUCGGGAACAGGAAUUCCAAGACAUCUACAACUUUGUGGAAAGCAAACUCCUUGACUAUACUGGAGGGUGCAUGUACAUCUCUGGGGUCCCUGGGACAGGGAAGACAGCCACUGUGCACGAGGUGAUACACUGCCUGCAGCAAGCAGCCCAAGCAAAUGAUGUGCCUCCCUUUCAAUACAUUGAGGUCAAUGGCAUGAUGCUGACGGAGCCCCAUCAAGCCUACGUACAAAUCUUGCAGAAGCUGACAGGCCAAAAGGCAUCAGCUAACCAUGCGGCAGAACUGCUGGCAAAGCGAUUCCGCACCGGAAGGUCCUCUCAGGAAACCACCGUGCUGCUUGUGGAUGAGCUUGACCUCCUGUGGACUCAGAAACAAGAUGUAAUGUACAACCUCUUUGACUGGCCCACUCACAAGGAGGCCCGGCUUGUAGUCCUGACCAUUGCCAACACGAUGGACCUCCCAGAACGGAUUAUGAUGAACCGGGUAUCAAGCCGACUGGGUCUCACCAGGAUGUCUUUCCAGCCCUAUACUCACAGUCAACUGCAGCAGAUCCUAGUGUCCCGGCUCAAACAUUUAAAGGCCUUUGAGGAUGAUGCCAUCCAGUUGGUAGCCAGGAAGGUAGCAGCCCUCUCUGGAGAUGCACGACGGUGCCUGGACAUUUGCAGGCGAGCCACUGAGAUCUGCGAGUUCUCCCGCCAGAAGUCUGAUUCCCCUGGCCUGGUCACUAUAGCUCACUUAAUGGAAGCUGUGGAUGAGAUGUUUUCAUCGUCAUACAUCACCGCCAUCAAAAAUUGCUCCGUUCUGGAACAGGGCUUCCUGAGAGCCAUCCUUGCAGAGUUCCGUCAAUCAGGACUGGAGGAAGCAACAUUUCAACAGGUAUACAGGCAACAUGUGACUCUGUGCAGAAUAGAGGGACUGCCAUAUCCCACCAUGUCAGAGACCAUGGCCGUGUGCUCACGUCUGGGCUCCUGCCGCCUCCUCCUUGUGGAGCCCAGCAGAAAUGACCUUCUCCUUCGUGUGCGGCUCAACGUCAGCCAGGAUGAUGUGCUCUAUGCGCUGAAAGAAGAGUGAGGCGCAUCCACAAGGAAGGACUAUGAUCCGCUUGUUUGUAAAAAAACCAGUUUCCUUUUUCUAAGCACAUAGAUUUGUUAUAGCAAAGUUUACUGAAUGGAAAUGGUUGUGUUAUAUGUUUUGAAUUUACCAUUAAAUAAUUUGUUUUUUUCCAGAAUGUUUGGGAAGUUUAGAGCCAUUACAAAAAUCAGAUUAUAAAACCAAACUGUCCUUCCCACAAUAGACUGUCCCUCUGACUUCUCUUUCUGUUAUUUGCCUUGCCUUUUAUUUAAUGGUAACAUACCAUGUAUAGAAAUAUAUGCACACAAGAUACUUGUAUUUAUAUAAAUAGUUGUACUUAUAUAAAAUAGUUCUGGGAGAACAUAUAAGUAAUUGAUUACAUUGUUGCCUCUGAGAAAGAAAACUGGAUGGCUGUGGUCAGGGGUUGGAAAUAAAGAGUUAUAUGACAUAGAAAAUAUAAGGUACAAAUUAUUCUAAUAGAGAUGUAAUUAAUCUAAAUAAAAAGCAAUUCCAAUUAAAAUCUUGGCAGGGUUUCUUUUAUAACUGCAUGUUAGUUCUAAUGUUUAUAUGGAAACCAACAGUGAAACAAACUGACAUCUCAUGCGUUCACUUGCAAGGCACCUAGAAAAACACAUUAUCCAUGUAAUAAAGCUGCCAAAAAUGUUUAACCUUAAUCUGAUGAGAACAUUAUCAGACAAAUCGAGAUUGAGAC